AUGGAAGGAGAUACCUGUCCCCGGCUGAUAGAGCCGACUCUAUCCUUUACGCAAGGUCUGAUAGUCGGGCAGCUCUCCGUGGUUCUGGUACUGGCCGCAUUCAUCAAAUUCUUCAUCUUUGGCGAUCCUCCUUCAGCAGACGUCACAGCUUCGCUACGAGCUACCGAGCGAAGGUCAAGGACUCUUGCUCACAAGCGCUCAUUACUAAGUAUCAGGAGCCCGGCAAACCGUGGAGAUAGAUCUCAGGACAGAUCUCUCAGCCGUAAGAAGUCCACUGUCCUCAGGAACCCUCCCACACUUACCAUUGGAUCGAUCCUGAGUAAAGCGUACUACAAUGUCGACAGCCAUCAACCUGAAAGUCUCGAUUGGUUUAAUGUUCUCAUUGCGCAAACGAUUGCUCAGUUUCGAAGUGAUGCUCAGCAUGACGAUGCCAUUCUUGAUUCACUUACCAAGGCCUUGAAUGGAGAUUCCAGGCCGGAUUUCAUUGACGAGAUUCGGGUCACAGAGUUGAGUCUGGGAGAAGACUUUCCGAUCCUGAGCAAUUGCCGUAUUAUCCCUGUCGAUGAAGAUGGAGUGAGCCUUGCUCCUGGAAAGAAGUUUGAUCCGGCAACGGCAGCAAGAGAUGGCCUACGUCUCCAGGCGCGUAUGGACGUCGACCUGAGCGACAUGCUUACUCUGGCCGUGAGGACAAAACUUAUCCUAAACUACCCCAAGAAGCUAUCUGCGGUUCUACCCGUGGAACUGGCCGUGUCUGUGAUCAGAUUUAGUGGCACUCUUUCCAUCUCCUUCAUUCCCAGCAACCCCUCUCAAUCGACACCCACGAGGAUGAUCUUCAAUUUCCUGGACGACUACAGACUGGAUUUUGAAAUUCGAAGCCUUCUCGGUAGUCGCUCCAAACUACACAACGUACCCAAGAUUGCUCAACUUGUCGAAGCUCGCCUUCACCGUUGGUUUGAUGAGCGAGCUGUCGAGCCUCGAUUCCAGGAAAUUGCCCUUCCAAGUCUCUGGCCGAGAAAGAAGAACACUAGAGGUCCCGAGGAUGCUUCGACCGAGAGAAGCGAAUCUAUCGGUCGAUCAAGGGGUAAUGAUACUGGCCGGGAUCACCGAGAGGAGGUACGUGGACGAGGAGGAGACGCAGAGAUUAGAGAUAGAGGAGCUGGAGGCACGGUUCGGCAUCGACGAGGAACGAGAAGCAAUGACAGCGAUGACUUCUCGAUGCCAGGAUCACUACCUGAUUUCCAGGUCGCGGCCUCAUAG